AACACAUCUAUGUGUCCAUCCGUUAUCAUCUGGAAAUUACUUUUUCUCUGCUCCCUUCCUCCCUUCCUCAUCCCUCCCUCCUUUUCUCUUUCUCCUUUUCCUUUCUGUUAUCCCUCCCUACUUGCCCAAUGAAAAAAGCCUGAAUGAAUUUGGGACAAUCCUUAUCAGUCAGUAGACUAUUUUCCGAAUGAAACAUCAAAGACUUUGUGUGGAUUUAGAAUCUGAAUUAGGAGGGUGAAAAUGUGAAGGGGAUUAAAUUGAAUGCUGAACUUAAUGGUUCAUUGGCUAAAAUACACGGAAUGGGCUUGACGGCAAGCUGCAGGCUAAAACAGCAGGCUACUAUCGACAUCAGGAUGAAACGUAGUGAACAUCAAAUACCGGAGCAAAAAGUGGUGUUGUCAUUUCGAAUGGGAAGAUAACAGCGCUGAUAGAAAUCUCAUGUGGUUGUACUGCCACGCAAACACUCACGUGCGUGCGCGCGGGCAGCUGGUCUGUCUUCAACCCGCGCCGUCACGCGGGGCGACUGUUCUCAGUUGCACGCGCUCCCCUCUCGUCCUCCGUCGAUAUCAAGCGUUCCUCUGCCUUCCUUAUUAUUUAUUUAUUAGCCUAACUUAGAAAAAGAAACAGAGAGGCAGCAACCGGAUUGCAACACCAGCGUAAUGCAGGAAAAUAACAAGUCCAAGGAAAGCGGGGGAAACGAAAAAAAAAGACGUGGAAAGAGAGAGAAAAUUCUGUUUUUCUGACGUGCGGACGUUUAUCCUCUCUUCCUUUAUUAUAUAAUAUUUACAGCGUGUCCUUUCUUCCUUUAUUACAUUAUAUUUACAGCGUAUCUUUUCUUUGUUUGUUUAAUUAAACUUAAAGAGAGAAAACAACAACAUUAGGUGGACUUCAGUAUUAAAAACAAAACAACUCCCAAGACAAGCCACGAGUGAGAAAAAGAAAACGAGCGAUGCUUUCUCGUCUUCUCUCCUAUUCUCUCCUCUUCUCUUCUUUUCUAUUCUCUCGUCUUCUUUCCUCUCCUCGAUUUUCUUUCGAAGCAACACAAUGGAGUAUUUGUAUCUACUUGGUCGAUGGAUGUGCAACUACUUUAUACCCAGGAGAAUUCGCCCAUCUCCUUUUUUCACUGGGAGAUUUAUCCCGCUGUUGGUCUUCCUCCAUAGCUUCGUUUUCCAUCCCGAUCCGUGCCUCUCCCACCCCCAGCCAUGUCACAUCCUGGCUCGGAUCGGACACACGGUUCGUCUCGGUGCUCUGCUUCCCACCAGACAACCAGCCAGGGUACAUAACGCUCUGAACAGAGCCUUGACCAGCCUGAAGCACCGGGCUGGAGAAGGCAACCCGCCUCUUCUGCCCUACAACCUCACCCUGGAGGUGGUGUCUCGGUCCCCGUCUGGUGGCGACCCUGUCUCCCUGUCCAGGUGUGUGUGUCAGGAGCUGGUUGUGCGAGGGGUGACAGGUGUCCUGGCCUUCCCUCGUUCACCAGAGGAACUCAUCCACAUCGACUUCCUGUCCUCCUUCCUGGAAAUACCUUUUAUAUCACUACUGGAGGAUCUAGAACCACUCAGAGUUAAGAACCGGUUCCAUCUCCAAAUGUCAGUUCGUGUUCCACCCUCUUGCCUGGCCAACCUUCUGCUCUCUGUUCUCCAGGGGGUAGAGGGGGAGACAGAGGGUGAAGGGAGAAGAGAGGGGGGAGGCAAGGGUCAGGAAGGGGGUAGAGGGGGAGUUGCUGUGGUGUGUCCUGGAUGGGAGGAGAGGGGGGAGGGACUACUGAAACAUCUAGAGACACAGAAAGCAACAAGCUGGAAUCUACUGGAUAUCAUCAACCUUACACAUAUAGGAGGGGAGGAGAGGAGGGAGGAGAGAGGAAAGGAGGAGAGGAGGGAGGAGAGAGGGAAGGAGGAGAGGAGGGAGGAGAGAGGGGAGGAGGGAAGAGGGGCUGAGAGAAGUGAAGAAACAGGUGAUGAGACCAGAGAAGACAAGAGGGAAGCUGAGGUCUUGUCUCUCCUCUCCCGUCGUCUUCUUCGCUCCGCCUCUCCUCUCUCCUCCGUGGUCAUCCUUGGUUCCGACCCAGAAUGUCUCUCUUCUGUCCUCCGCUGCGCCCAGCGUCUCGCUCCCUCGCUCCCCGCGCUGCAGUGGAUUAUGGGUAACCCUCUGUCACCUGACUCUCUCCUCUCGCUGGGCGGGCCCCUCGGCCUAUUGGCUUAUGGAGAGGUGGGUCGUAAGCCCAUCACCUUCUACAUCCGAGACGCGCUGCGGUUGAUUGGCCAGGCGGUGACGUCGGCCAGUGAGGUGAGGCCAGACCUGGCUCUGAUCCAGAACCUGGUCAACUGUUACGACAAACCUAACAAAGAGGAAGUGCCCUCUUCUGGACAGUACCUGGCCAGGUUCCUCUCCAACACGUCAUUCCAGGGUUCUACAGGCACGGUCCGUGUGGCACCUGCUCUCUCACAGGUCCUCUCCUCCCAGCUGUACCACGUGUGGAGCCUGAAGAGAGGUCCUCUUGGCCAGCCGUCCUGGGUCACCGUGGCCCACUGGACCACCGGGCGCCUACAGCUGGACGAGGGGGUGUUGGGGCUGGGGGUCGGGGCUGGCCUGGGGCUAGGCCCGGGGAGGAGGACAGGGUCCGGGUCUGGGUUAGGUGUCCAGAGAGGGGAUAGGGACAGAGACAACAGUCCUGGAGGGAGAUGGAGGCCGGGGCUACAGAUGGCGGGCCGGAGAUUAAGGGUCGUGACCCUGGUGGAGCAUCCCUUCGUGUUCACUAGAGAGGUGGAUGAGGAUGGGCUGUGUCCCGCUGGUCAGCUGUGUCUGGACCCUAGAACUAACCGCUCAGAUCUACUGGACUCACUGUUCAGUCACCUGCACCAGACCAAUACAACCACUACCACUACUGACCACAACCCAACAGAGGACCAGCGGAAGUGUUGCUAUGGUUACGUUAUUGACCUGUUGGAGAAGCUGUCGGAGGACCUGAAGUUCACCUUUGACCUUUACAUCGUGGGAGACGGGAAGUACGGAGCGAUGAGCAGCACUGGGAGUUGGUCCGGUCUGGUGGGAGACCUGCUGAGUGGAACAGCAGACAUGGCUGUGACAUCAUUCUCCAUCAACUCAGCCAGGAGCAGAGUUAUAGACUUCACCUCUCCAUUCUACUCUACCUCUCUGGGGAUACUGGUGCGUAGCCAAGACACAUCAGCCCCUAUUGGAGCCUUCAUGUGGCCUCUCCAUUGGUCCAUGUGGGUGGGCAUCUUCGUCACUCUUCAUCUUACCGCACUUUUCCUCACCGUCUAUGAGUGGAACAGCCCCUUUGGUAUGACUCCUCAUGGCAGGAACAGACUCAGAGUGUUCUCCUACUCCUCAGCCCUCAACCUCUGCUACGCCAUCCUGUUUGGACGCACUGUCGCUACUAAGACUCCUAAGUGUUGGACCAGUAGGUUCCUGAUGAACCUGUGGGCCAUCUUCUGUCUGUUGGUGUUGUCCAGUUAUACAGCUAACCUGGCUGCUGUCAUGGUGGGGGAGAAAACCUUUGAACAGGUGUCUGGGAUUCAUGACGAGAAGCUGCACCACCCAUCCCGUGGGUUCAGGUUUGGGACAGUCAGAGAGAGCUCUGCAGAGGACUACAUGAGGAAGAGUUUCCAUGCUAUGCAUGACUACAUGAGACGUUACAACCAACCCACCACACCAGACGGAGUGGACAUGUUAAAGACAGAUCCUCCCCUACUAGAUGCCUUCAUCAUGGAUAAAGCUCUAUUGGACUAUGAAGUCUCCAUCGAUGCUGAGUGUAAACUAGCGACUGUGGGCAAGCCUUUCGCUAUAGAGGGGUAUGGUAUAGGUGUUGCCCAAGGCUCUCCUCUCACUGCCAACGUGUCUGAAUUCAUCAGUCGCUACAAGUCAGAAGGGUACAUGGACAUAUUACAUGAGAAAUGGUACAAGGUGGUGCCAUGUGGGAAGCGAGUGUUCACUAACACUGAGAAUUUAUCGAUGGGGAUAGAUCAUUUCUCAGGCCUGUUUGUGAUGUUGUGUGUGGGGGUGGUUGGAGCCAUCUUUACCUUGGCAGCUGAACACACCUUCUAUCACCUAGCCCUGCCCCGGCUACGACGGUCACACACACUCACCUACUGGUUGCAUACCAGCCAGAAGAUCCAUCGAGCCCUGAACACCCCUUACGAGGACGUAGGGAAAGAGUUGAUUGGCCUGGACCACAAUCCCUCCCCUUGUGUCUCUGACAGCUGCAGCCUCCACAGACACCAGCAGCCCCGCCCUCCUCCUCCCCCGUCUUCCCCCCUGCCUGCCCCCCCUCCUCCUCAGCCCUCCUCUCCUGCCCGGGACAUCAAGGAGAACAAGAGGGUCCACUUUGAUCUGGAGAGUCUACACAGCUACCGUCUACACACACACACCGCCUCGUUCUGGGGACGUCCUGGCAUGGUGGGGCGACACGGCCUGGGAGGGUGUCUGGGUGGUUUAUCUCCUCCUCAGGUUAGCCUGCAUGCUAACGGUGGCCCAGCAUCGGCCCUGGCCUCCCCCGGCCUGGCCCUGCCUCCUCUGGGGAACCCAGGCAACCAGGCCUUCCUAUGGGAGGGAGAGCUCCAGGAGGUCCAGGGGAGGAUCGAGACGUUCACAGCCCAGCUAAGAGAUGCCGUGGCCAGGAGGGCCGAGAUACAGACCUGCCUGGAGAACCAUAAAAUGAACCAGAGCACAGCUACUGCUGUCAAACUGGAGAAAGACAAGGUUGGCCAGUCACAAAGCCUGGAGAGAGUGAGAACCAACGCAGAGAAAGAUAGAACCAAGGAAGAGAGAGAGGGGCUCAACCAGGAGAAAGGGAUGAGUGGCAGAUCAAACCUCUGUAGCAGCCUGGACAGAGACAGAGACAGAGACAGGACAAGCAGGGACAGUUCCACUGUGAGACAAACAGCCAGACAGGACACAGACAGGGACAGACUGUUACACCAAUCAGAAACUGAGAGAGACAGAGACGACCAAUCAAAAAGCCUGGGCGGAAAUGGGAGCAGCCAAUCACAUGCCUCCAACAUUCUGCAGACAGGGAGGAACAGCCAAUCAGAAGCUCUGAACAUCCUACAGAGGAGGAGAGAGAUCCAAUCAAAAACCUCUGCCAGCCUGGACAGAGGGACAACCAACCAAUCAGGUGCUGUCAAUACACUGCAGGGAGAAAGAACUGUCCAAUCAUGUAACUCCACCAGUCUGGAGAGAGGAAGAGCCAGGCAAUCAGGUGCAGUGAAAGACCAGGAGAAGGGGAGAACUGUCCAAACACGGACAGGGGCUAGUCUGGACAGACUGAGAGCUAUCCAAUCCAGUGCCUGCACUGGGAAUCUGGUUAGAGAACGUCCCGCCCCUGUGGACACCCAGAAGAGUUUGUGUUAGUCGUUUGAUUGGUUAUUUAUUGGAACACAAAAGACCAAUCAGAGGGCUGGAAAAGAAUCUAACAGGUCCAAAUGAUUUACAAGGCAGCGGAUGAAGUAAACAAUAUCAGAGUUUUAAAAAACAAUGACAGAGAUGUGGCACUGGUCCAUUUGCCUCUGAUGUCAACGGCUGCUGUCUGUUAACAAAAUGUCUGAUCUGAACUGUUUGUCUCCACUAGGUGUGUUUCCUUUUUGUUUCUAACUACUAAUAGCUCACUCUCUUCAUCUCAUACCCCUGGGUUGUGUUCACUAGGAACCAAACAGAAGCAAACAGAACAAAACGGGAAGGGACCGACCUGAAUUUGUCCAAUAGAAUCUCUUGUUUUCGUUGCAGAAAGUUUUUUGUUUGGAGCAAACGGUUUCCGUUGCAAUGGUUUGUGACUAAUGUACACACCCCAGGUCUGUAGUCAGUUCUCAGUGGCACACAUGUGGCUCCUAAAUGUUCAAUCAAAUGCUAUCUCCGCCCAACCGGGUAAGAAUCGGCUAUCCCAGAGGGAAACUACACGUGUCCACUGUCAUUGUCCUGACUGAUCCUCUAUAAGGACCUUGAGUUGGUUUGAUACUAUGCAGUUGAAUUGGAUUUACUUUAAUGGAAUUUGUAUGUUGGAUGUCAUGGUGGUGUCAAAUGUAACUAUACAGUAACAAUAGUUGAACCUGGAAGUGGAUGAAAAAGGUGGACAUGGAAAGAGAAAAGGCGGUUGUAUUUCAGCCUAUAGCAGGUGUUUUAGAAGAGAUGCAGGUUGCUAGGUUACCUGUAGAGGACUGAGGAGUGUUGUAGAAUGUUGUUCUGGUGUUGAUGGGUCGUGUUCGGUGUCCCAUUAUGCUGCCUAUAACAGCUAUAUGUCUCAUUCUCACACACAACAGAAUUAUAUCAGCAUAUUAUUGGGACUCGUAUCAUGUUGUUGUAUAUCAUUUCCAUUUUCUUAAAUUAAACAUUUAUAUACUGGUUUUAA